GUAUGUUCAGUUUGCAUUCGUAUUGGUCGACCGAUGUCCUGCAUGAUACGCGGAACUUGCAGUAUCAGAGGGACUUUGAUGGGAAUGUGCCUCAUUUUCGCCAUUUACACACCACUUGUCACCUUGGUUUUCACAACGUCCGCACGAUGCGCCAUGCUAUUACUUUGCACUCCGAUGACACAGUCACUUCUUCUGGACACGAGACUGUCAUGAACAUGAAGCAGCGUAUGAUCCAGUUUCAUAUGUACGUCCUUGCUCUUUCUGAGGUCAGGCUCCCGGGCAGCGGCUCGGUUGACGUCGGGGAUGGCUUCUUGCUUAUUUACGCAGGCAGCCCGGGUGAUGGCUCACUGGGUGGCGUGGCCCUACUGUUAUCUCCGUCUGCUGCGCGGUCCUGGCGCCAAGCCGGCUCACGCGCUAAGCACUGGGAUUCCGGGCGUCUGCUGCGCAUCUCUUUGCACUGCCCUGAAGGCUUGUGGCACGUCGGUUCGGCUUAUGGGCCCACCGAACAACAGGACGCAUUAGUCAAGGACCAGUUUUACGAGGAUCUACGCGCCUUUUGGCAUGACUUACCGGCGCGCGAGCCCACUUUUCUCUUAGGAGACUUGAACAGUCGUGUGGGUGUGCGUGGAGCUGCUGAUGCUGAGGCCCCUGCCUCUGUGUUGGGUCCCCACGGACUCGGUGCCCGCAACGGCAACGGCCGCCGUUUGCUUCAGCAUGCUUCAGAGACUGGUUUACGUGUCCUCAACACUUUCUAUGCUCAUGAUCUUCAGCACACGGCCUCGUGGUACCAUGCGCGUUGGCACACGCCUGGUCUUCUUGACCUCGCGCUGUGCCGCCAGUCCGACUCAGCUUUCGUUACUGAUGUGCAGGCUUUGCCACAUGCCGAAACGGAUAGUGACCACCGCAUCAUGCUGCUUUCCCUCCGUGCUCGGCCUGUGCGCGGCUGUGCGCCUGCCCCUGCUGCCCCCCCCUCUGCUUCUGUGCGUCCACGCCCGCUUGCUGUGCAUAAGCUUCGUGACCCGGCGACCAGGCAACAAUUCUGCGCGCACCUCUCUCGUAGCUUGCAGGCAGACCCUGGUGGCGACUUUGACUCCUUCGCGAUGCACAUGCGUGCUGCUGGUGAGCAGACUCUUGGUCUUGCUGAGUCUGCAGUCUCCACUUGGCGCAGUGGGCAUGAGGAUGAGCUUCGUCAACUUGCUUCGGCUCGCCAAGCUGCUUUCGAGGCCACUGUUCGUUCGCCGCAUGAUGCUCAUGCGGCCCAGCACCUCCGCAACAUCCGCCAUCACAAUCGUGCUGUGGUACGCCGCCUCAAGACUGCUUGGUGGCAUGAGCAAGCUGGGAACAUGCAGCGGGCUGCGGAUGCUCAUGAUGCUAAGUCUCUUUUCGGGGAUGCUAAGCGGUUGGGUAGGUGGUUUUCAACUCACGGCAUGUGUAAGCGGCCUCUUUGCGCCGAUCGUGCUGCGGAAGCACGCAAGUUUGCUGACCACUUUGAGACUGUUUUGAAUGUUGAUCGCCCAACUGACCCUGCUGCUUGGCGUGCUCUUCCUGCCCAGAACCACGCCGCUCCCUUGCCUGCUGGUUUGUGGGACCCGCCUGCCUUCGAGGAGUUUGCCGCCUCGGUUCGUAAACUGGCCCGCGGCAAAGCCCCUGAUUUGACGGGCAACCAUGCCGAGCUUUUUCAUGCACUGCUGGAUGCUGGCGAUGCUGGCCAGGGCUCUAUCGAGGGGCCCACCUUGUACCUCCUGUUUUACACUGUGGUUCUCCAGGAGUGGCGCUCUCGUUGCUCUCGUGCGUGUGCUCAGCCGCCUGGUGUGCCUUGGGUGUCUACUCGCGACGGCACACUGCGCUUGCCUUCCCGGACCCGUGUUGCCUAUCGCGACACCCUGCAGCUCUUCGACUUGGAGUAUGCAGACGACACCGUCAUGGUUGACUGCUCGUGGGACCGUUUCGUCACCUGUGCCCGGCUCUUGGAUUCGGUCCUCACUGACUUCGGCGUGGAAAUGAAUCUAGCCAAAACUGAAUGGAUGAUGGUGUCCGGCUUUGGACAGCCUGCCGAUGCCGCCCCUUUGCCUGGUGCUCGCCGUUUGGUCAUACGUGGUCAGGUUGUCCCUCGCACCUUGCAGUUUAAGUAUCUGGGCUCACUGGUUGCAGCGGACGCUUCCUUGGGGGUUGAUGCGGACGUUCGGCGCCGCAUAGGCUUAGCCUGGGCUGGCUUUGGGUACCUUAAACACGUUUGGCGCAGCCAUCACAUCGCCCUGAAGACCAAAUCUACCCUGCUUCGCAGUUGCGUGCUCAGCGUGUUGCUCUUUGGCUGUGAAAGCUGGUCGCUUCGUUCCCACCACCUGCGCUCACUCACCAGCACUUGGUUAGGUUUAGUUAGGGGUAUCCAGGGUCUCACUUGGCAGCAGCAACGUGACGGGCGCCUGUCUGCCUCCGACUUGCUUGCCCGCGUUGGGCUCCCCAGCCUCCACACUCUCCUCUUCCAACGUGUCGCCCGCUGGCUCGGGCAUGUGGCCCGUCGGCCCCCUGGACGCAGCAUUCCUUUUGCCAUGCUGUUUGGUUCGCUUCCUGGCCGUGUUUGCCCCCCGGCUUCCGUUGCUGGCACGCAGAAGCGUUUCUUUACCACCACUGCUCGUUUGGUGCUUCAGGCCAUGCCCACGCUCGAUGAACGCGUCUGGGCUCGCACCGCCGGUGAUCGAGCUGCUUGGCGUCGGUGCGUCUCCGCCAUCAAAAUCGAUCCUCCCACGCGCAGCGCUCCUGUUCGCGCCGCUCCUGUGUCUACCAGGCGUGCUGUUGCUGCCCAGGCCGCUGCAGGCCGCGAUCCUUUGCAGUGCCCUUCCUGCCAGUUUCGUGCUCGCAAUGCUCAGGGUCUUAUGAACCACAUCAACGAGAAGCAUCCGGUUGAGUCGUCCUCCUGGACGUGCGAACAUUGCGGUAAGGUUUAUCAUCAUAAGGGAUAUUUUACCUUGCAUGCACAGUCGUGCCCAGCCGCUCCGGCCCCUCCGCCGCCUGCACCGGCAGGCCCCCCGCGGGCUGCGGCUCGCACUGCUGCUCAGCGCAACUUCACCUGUUCCUUUCCUCGGUGUGGCCUCACCUUCGUCAGUGGCUCGCAGCAGCGACGCCACGAGCGUGAGCAGUGUUUGCAUCGCCCUGGCAGCGGAGCCAUUGUUUCUCCGAGCGGUGCGCUGGUACUGCCUUGCCCUGUCUGUCAGGAAACCUGGACGUCUACUCGUGCUCUGGGGCUGCAUAUGAAGAAAAAGCAUUAG